UCACAGUGCUAGUUCAUUGGGCAGAAGCUCAUAAACUGUAUUGCCGAAUCACAAAACAGGUCCGUGUAUGGCACCAAUGAGAGGCCUACAUUCUAUCCCAGAGGCGCUACUAAGCAAGAUGUCAGUAGUUGAGGAGUUUUACCAGCAAAAACCAGGACACUGCAAUGGUCAUUUCUGGUUUGUUUGUCGUCGUCAGUAAUCCGGAGAUGCACACGCGGGAUCAACGAUUAGUUGGCUUAUUACUAGUGACCCUGUGUCCGUCUAUGUUAACCGUAAAACCGCAGCUUCAAUGCGAAACGGAAAUUAGUAUUUCACGCCUGCAAGCAGGCCAGCUCGGUGCACGUCACUCUCACGUUAAUGUCUUCGGCGUCUCCUCUACCCCUUCUCUAGUCAGCAUUUUCUGGAACUAAUUAUUCUCCUACCAAACUGUCUGUAGUCAUGCCCCUAAGACUUGUGCGCUGCUUGAAGUUUGCUUCCCCGGUCCGCGGACCACUAACGGACGCAGUUACACUCUCCCUCAAUAGUCGGCGCCAAGAAUGGCAGAUUUAUUUGUUACAGCGGGAACGCAAGUGCGGGCACUCCUCCCGGUGACAAUACAGGCGAUAAAAGUUGCUAACACCGGUAAUGAAAUCGGGGGGCAUUAACGACUUGAACGCGUUCAUCCAGUUAAUUAUCUUAGGAGCAUCCCUCAUACAUGCGAAAGCUACGAAUUUUGGUGGGUGUAGGCGUAUUUUGACGUAACAGCUGAAUCCUACGAGCACCGCACCUUUCGUGCGUCCGCCAUCUCAUUCUGUCGUAGUGUUUGAUGGCGGACCUGAGUGAAACUGAAACCCCUGGUAAAGUAAAGUUCUUGUCUCAGCGAUCGAGUCUUCUCCUUCUUUUCUUUCUUUUUCUUCUUCGUAUUUUGCAACUGAAGUUUUAGGGCAGGGUUGGCUGUGGACGGCAAUCAAGCCACUAACAACCCUUCUAGUGCCCUUUGCCCUUGUAGGUGAUUCGCCUGUACAUCAUAUAAUGAUCCCGCAAGUUAAAGUAGUUAUUCUAACUACACUGAUACUGUCUGGCUGCGAUUAGAUUAUGCUUCCUUCCCAUGAAGUCGCCGCAAAAAUUUGGACAAUAAUCGCCUAGAUCCUUACUAGGGGAUGGGAACUAAUCGCUGUUGUUGUCAAAAAACAUGUUGGAUGCGAAUUGCAGUCUUUUGUCUGUACAGAGCAAACAAGCUCUUACUUCUCCCAACCACCAACCGGGACUCCAAAAGACCACCCAAGUCACAGCAGAUAUAUUGAAAAGGAUAGUGAAGACCGAUCGCCACCAACAGAUGUCAGAUAUUAUCAUUUCUUUGCCGUCAAAUAGACUGGUCAUUUGUAAAGUCCUAUUUUGGAGGCCUAUUGAAGGGAAGAAAUCGGUAGUAGACACAUACGUCGGCCAGAUCAUUGAACAUGUACGUCUAAGGCAACGGUAAAUUUCCUGGGGACUUUUAUGUCCAACUUUCGGUGGACAUCAAAAUUCCGAUGCGCCUACGACCCAUCUUCAAAACCCAGUGAAAAGUCACGGUGUGAUGGUGACUGUGCACUAACCCUAGUUGGGCUUGGUUACCAUUCCUACCCGACCUCAGACUAACCACAGGCCAGAAGGACUUGACAUUCGAAGCUGACUCUCCUGUUUGACAAUAAAGGGGUUUAACUUCUCUGAAGUGAGAUCAAAAAUAUUCAUGAUGAUAAGGACAGUUGAGGAUUUUAGGAAAGUGGCCGGCGCAAAAGCACUGAACUGCAAAAGUGCCUAUUAUAUAUUAGGCUGUCAAUAUAUAUAUAUAUAUAUUUCGAAGAAGAAUGAGUCCUUUGGGGAAAUGAACAAACUUUAUUUCGUAAAUUUUCGAGUCUGGUUCCCCAGCUCGUCUUCAGACGUGUAGUAAGUGUGAAGAAACAGUCAAAAUUUAAACAAUGCCGAAAAAAAUCGAUAUUGCUCUGUCAUGACUGAGGAUGGGUUAAUGCAGUGGGCUGAUGUCACGUCUUGAUUGGCUAUUACCUUUUCCAUUUUUCUUUGAGACUUGUGUACAUGGUAUCAAGGUCGAUGCGUCGAUUGAUGCAUGAAUCAUCAGAGUUAAUGGCCUCUAGGAAUUCUCGGCCUUUCUUAUAUGGGCAGGAACCGACAAUGCGUGUUUUAUCCCAAGCGAAUUUGUGCCCAGUUUCAAGAGUAUGCAUGGCGACUUGGGAUAAGUGGUCCCGCCUCUUCACUGCCAAUUGGUGUUCAUGUAGGCGUGUAGAGGCGGAUUUUCCGGUUUGACCACGAUACACUGCAUUACAAGUGCCACAUGGAAUCUUAUAGACUACUUCUUUCUUAUCCAAAUAGCCAACCCUAUCCUUAGGGUGUACAAGCUGAUUGCGUAGCGUGGUAGUCGGUUUGUGAGCCGCUUGUAUUUGGUGCUUCCUCAGGUGUCUUUCAACGAGUUGAGACACAUUUUUAAUGUAGGGAAGCGUUCGCCAAUGUUUUGGUUUUGGCGUCUGAUCGGAACAAUCUAGUUCCUUCUCUCUUUCUUUUGAUUCCUGCUCUUUCAUGCAUCUGCGUACAAAAUAUCUGUGGUAGUCGCAUUGGGAAAAUAGGUUGAAUAGAUAAUUGAGUUCUUCUUUGUAACCUUCGUUCUCAGAGCAAUGUGUCUUUGCUCAAAUAAGUAAGGUCUUAACAGCACUCCGUUUGUGAGCCAUAGGUUGGUUGCUUUCGUAAUGUAGGAUAACUUCCACGUAAGUUUCUUUGCGGUAUACUGAUGUGUGGAAUGUCCCGUCAGUUUUUCGCUGUACGAGGCCAUCAAGAAAUGGGAGUUUGCUGUUAGCUUCUCUUUCGAGCGUGAACGUAAUUCCCGGUAGUGUUGAUUUGAUAGCUUUAUGCAGAGUUUCUAGCUGAUCUCUCUUUACGAUGACAAAGGUGUCAUCGACGUAGCGUACCCACAAUUUGGGAUUUAAUAAUGGUAAGGCCAUAGCCUCUAAUUUUUGCAUUGUGACUUCAGCCGAAAUCCAGAAAUAGGUGACCCCAUAGGAGCCCCUUUCAGCUGUCGAUAACAUUCAUGUGCGAACGAGAAGUUCGUUUCCAGACAUAGGUCCAAGAGUUCAAGCAAAGCAGAUGCAGGAACAUCCAUGUCGUUGGACUGUAAGAGUUCUUCUGUGCACUGCCUUGCCAAAUCGAGUGGUAUGGACGUGAACAGUGCUGUAUCAAUCUACCCCCAGACUCUGUCGUAUUCGCUCUGCUAUCAUAGCUUGGCCGAAUUCGGCCUGAUAGGUGGUUGCCCGUUCGUGACCCCUAUCGCCCAUACGAAGCUUGUUUGCUUCGGGAAGCCAAUGAAUCAGUGUGCGCCCAUUCCUGAGUCGACCUACCAGGUCCUCCGCCAGUAUGAUGACUCCAUGGGUAGAUGAAAUUCUGAAAGGUUUUAUAGCUUCGGUGCGUGGAUAUGUCUAACUUUGCGGUCAAGCUAGAACCCGCUUAGCCAUCACAUCCAUUGUCCUGAUAGACAAGAACGCUCCACCAGUUUGUCGAAUGCUCCAGCUGUUUACUGGAUCAGAUUAGAAGAAAUGUGAAACAUGCACACAACUAUAAACGUUCUUCCGCAGCGUCAACCUUGAGGUCUUACACCGAGUGUGCUGCCAACUACAUGCUGGAGAAUACGCCCGCUGACUGUUCGGAAUAGUCAAUGCUCCGAAACGUCAGGCUGCUGGUUGCGAAGCCUUCCCUUUUCUCGUAUUCGACCUCUGUUGACAUUAUUCUGGUAACUAAACUUGGCAGACUACCUUCGUCGUCUGACUCGUCACAGGGUGUUCAUGCCUUUCUUCAUCCCACGUGGCUUUUUAAGAACUUCAAACAAAAUGGUCGGUUAGGCUGAAUUACAAACCGGCGGCCAAUGCUAAUAAUAAAGGAUAUCGAUUUUUCACAAGGCUACCGGGUGUGCCGUGGAUGGGACAGUUGGCUCGAAAUCGCGAGGUCCACUGUUCCAUCCCAUGUGGGAGGCUCGUUUCCUAGCACAGAAUCAGUAAUUUCUUUUAGUCUGUAUCAGUUAAAGUCCUGCUGGUUUCUGAAAAAGUCCAAAUUUUCUGAACUGCCUGAUUAAAUUAACUGAAGGCACAUUUAAGCUCUGCUGGGCAAGCAUCUGAUGUGUUUUGUGUUUCAGCGUUGAAACAGAAGACUUCAAGCCCCGAGGAUGCGGAAAGUUGGUGACAAGAUCCAACCUGUACUUCGGUGUCCAUGAAGAUCGAGGUAAGCUUAUAGAUAUCUCCUCGGCGGUUUCUGUUUUGACUUGUUCUGUAAAGCACCUGAAAAAUACCUGUGAAGGUGAAAGGCAUUCAGCUGUGACAAGAAUUACCAAACAGACAAAAACAUGAGAGUCUGAGUUUCAUGGUAUUCAUGUGGUGUUUGAACACAAUGAAACCGAGAAUAAAAUAAAAAAAUAUAAUGAUGAAUUACAGUCGACAAAGUCUCCUUCAGACGUAGGAUCCGCACAUGACUUGCAUGUGGAAACUUAAAGAUGAGUGAGUGUCAAGAAAUUCAACAGGCUGAAUAGAAAUAAAGUUCAGUGCAUCAAAAUAAGACUAAGACAUUGCUUUUAUCUGUUGGCAUAAUUUUGCGACGUAGAUUAGACCGUCUGUCAGCAGCUGCGACUGACAGCCGUUCUGCAUCCACAAGUCAAACAAGAAACUAUCCUUUUUUCUUCACAGAGAUUACCAUUGUCCGUCGAUUCUGUGCAAGCGAGGGAGCAACAAGCGACGAAGAGCGUUGCGAUUCCACCCUGUCCCAGGGACGUGUUACUGAAAGGUGCAUCUGUGGUUCUGACCGAUGCAAUGGUGCAACAUCCUUGUCAAUGCUUCCGUCUUCAGUAUUUCUGCUCGCGGCUGCUUGGUUGCUAUCAACGUAA